AUGAAAGCCGGGGAAUUGAUAAAGCUUAACUUCGCAAAGAACGCUGACGGCAAAUAUCACUGUCCUGUGACUUUCAAGGUCUUUAACCAGAACACACACAUUGUUGCUGUGAGGACGACUGGCAAUGUCUAUUCUUACGAAGCUGUGGAACGUCUUAAUAUAAAGGCCAAUAAUUAUUUGGAUCUGUUGACAUCAAAGCCCUUCACCAAAGAGGACAUAAUCACCAUUCAAGAUCCCACACAACUUGAAAAAUUUAAUAUAUCCGCCUUCUACCAUGUUCGCAACAACAUGCUAGAAAAAGCCGAUAACAAUAAUACAGUCAUUCGGUCUGCCAACCAGGAGACCAAAGAGACUCUGGCUGAACUCGAAAAAACUAAGCUCGAGAUUCCUGACUACAUGUACUCCAACAAACCGAAAGCAGAUCCGAAUGCAAGAACUCCUGUUCUUGAGGACGAUGUGGUGCGUUAUCGAUAUGUGAAGUCCAAGGGCUAUGCACGCCUUGUGACCACCCACGGCAAUCUCAAUCUCGAGCUGCACUGCGAAUUGACGCCGAAGACCUGUGAAAAUUUCAUUCGCCUCUGUGAAUCUGGCUACUUUGUGGACUGUAUUUUCCAUCGUGUGAUUCGACACUUUAUUAUACAGAGCGGUGAUCCGACCGGAACUGGUCUAGGUGGUGAUUCCUGUUGGGGUGGUGCUUUUGCCGACGAGUUCCAACCGCAGUUGAAGCAUGACUCUCGUGGUGUCCUCUCCAUGGCCAACUCAGGACCAAACUCCAACAAGUCCCAAUUGCCAUGCAACCAAUUGAACAAGAAACAUACGGUUUUUGGAAAGGUUGUUGGUGGACUGGACACCCUGGACAAGGUGGAAUUCGUGGAGACAGACAAGGACGAUCGGCCGCUGGAGGAAAUUAAAAUUUUGGCCUGUCAAGUGUUUGUGAAUCCCUACAAGGACGUAGAUGAAAUGUUAGCAAAAGAGCGAAAGGAGGCCAAGGAGAAGGAGGCGAUUGCCCAGAAAACCCAGGAGAUGCCUAAACCCGGAAAUCGGCACGAAGAGGAGGCCAUGGAGGCCACCAAACGAGCAAAAAAGCGUGGGUUAAGCGGUAGGCCUCAUUUAAGCUUUAAUUUUGAAGAUGAAGUUUGA